UUCUCCAAAACUUAACAUGACAUCAGUGCAAGAAGGCAGGGCCAGGCCUCCUCUUUCCUGCGACGACUGAGGAAAGCAAAGCAUCAGCCUCCCUCUUUCUGCACAUGGACCACCCUCUAGUGUUCCCCUACCGGGCCGGGUGGACUGCGAGCGGGCCGUCAUUCCCGAUGAGAGCAAAGACUGAGGGAGCGUGAGGAGAGCGUGGAGGCGAUGGCAACUCAACGCAGCUAAGACGCACGCUCGCAUUCUUCGACCGCUGACAACCAAGACAGAAAUCUUUGAGCCUGCCGAGAAGUCAAGAGCGAAAGAAUGGGACCUGGAACGUGGAGCUUGUUGACUUUGUUUGGUCUGUCUCUGUGGAGCAACAGCCAAGCCCUGAUCACCAACCCCAUCCUCUCGCGGGCACCAAGAGCUGCAGGCUCCCACGGAGAAGACAGCAGGUGCUCCUACACCUUCCUGGUUCCCGAGGAGAAGAUCACGGGCCCCAUCUGCGCGGCCAGAGGUCCGGUCCCGGACAAAGACCGAGUGACUCGCCUGGACGUGGCCGCCGUGCGGGACCUUCUGUCGAAGCAAAGGCGGGAGAUGGAGACUCUAAAACUGGUGGUGGAUGUGGACGGCAACCUGGUGAAUGAGAUGAAGCUGCUGAGGAAAGAGAGCAGGAACAUGAAUUCCAGGGUGACCCAGCUCUAUAUGCAGCUGCUGCACGAAAUCAUCAGGAAGAGGGACAACUCACUGGAGCUGGCUCAGUUGGAGACGCGCAUCCUGAACGCCACCGCCGAGUCGCUGCGGCUGUCCUCGCGUUACAAGGAGCUGGAGGCCAAAUACGCCGCCCUCUCGGCCACCGUCAACAACCAGGCGGCCAUGAUCGGGGCUCUGGAAGAAAGUUGCAUGAAGAUGCAGGACCGCAGACAAGAGCCGCCGCCGCUCGGCCCGCCCAUGGUGCAUGUGGUGCCCGAGAACAUUCCGGUUAACGUCCCGCGUUUCACUAAUGAGAUCCGAGGCGAUAACAGCGGAAGCUUUGCCCGCGAAAGGGGAUCUCGAUCCGGGCCGUCACCCACCGGUGGCACCCUGGAAGUCCAGAAACACCGGCAAACAAACUUCAGCGCUGAAGGUCCGUUCAGAGACUGUCUGGAGGCUCAAGAGGCCGGCCACGUGUCCAGCGGCAUGUAUCUGAUCAAACCUGACGAGGCAGAGAAGUCCCUGCAAGUCUGGUGUGAGCAGGACAUGGACAACGGCGGCUGGACUGUGAUUCUGAGCAGGAAAGACGGCUCUGUUAACUUCUUCAGGAACUGGGAAAAUUACAAGAGCGGGUUUGGCAACACAGACGGCGAGUACUGGCUGGGCCUGGAAGGCAUUUACAAGCUGGGCCGUCAGGGCGACUACAAGCUGCAGGUGGAGUUGGAAGACUGGAUGGACAAGAAAGUGUACGCUCAGUACAGCAGCUUCCACCUGGAGCCUGAGAGCGAGGGCUACCGUCUGAGGUUGGGCACUUACCGAGGCAACGCCGGCGACUCCCUCAGCAGCCACAACGGCAAACAGUUCACCACUCUGGAUCGAGACAAGGACGCCUUCUCAGGCAACUGUGCGCAUUUCCACAAAGGCGGCUGGUGGUACAACGCCUGCGGCCAAGCCAAUCUUAACGGCGUGUGGUACAGCGGAGGAGUCUACAGAAGCAAAUUCCAGGACGGGAUCUUCUGGGCUGACUACGGCGGAGGCUUCUACUCCAUGAAGUCCGUGCGUCUGAUGAUUCGGCCCAUAGAUGCGUGAUGAGGCACUGACUCCGCUCACUAAAUUUCAAGCCCAUUUGAAAGCGUGACGUCAUAAGUCCAGGAGGGCUCAACCACAACAUCGGUUGCGGGACGUCACCCUUCUUUUUUUUUUUUUUUUCAUAUCGGACUGCUUUGUUUAUAUGUCUAUGCAUAUCACUAUGUUUACUAUCGUUACUUUAACCAAUCGUGAUCUCUCUCUAUAUAUAUGGAGGAACUGCUGGUGCAGUUGAAACAAUGUUACGCAACUGUUUCAUUCGACAACCUUUGCUCGCCCCGCUACAUCCAAACAGCAGCUGCAAGGAUUAAAAUCUUGACACUGCUCUUCCUACCUCACCGCCAAUAUAAACAUCUGAAGGCAACACACUUUGUUGCUAUUUAACUUGUGCGAUCGUUCCUGGGAACUGGAAAAUCGAGUUUUUAUUUUCACUCGCCCCAUCUGAAAUCAAGGCCUUCCCUUCAUAUGACUUUAUAUGAUAUGUUAGAUCCUCUAAUUUAUAUGUGAGUGAAAAGGGCCAAAGCAUCACUUUGUGAGCCUUCUUACAUGUAUGGACAUAUCUUGCUGGUUUCACUCAUUCAACCUUUGAUUUUGGAGUAGCAACGAAGGAAUUGUUUUGCAGAGUUUGAAGAUUUAUGGACACUUAAUUAGACAAACAAUAAGAAACACAUUCCGCGAGGUCAGACAUGAUGGAGUGCGAAAAAAAGCCGUCCAGAUUUCCACGUUGGAGAAAUCGCUGGCUUCCCUUUUAAAUACACAGACAUUUACAUUCUUUCCACACAAAAGUGCUCGAGCCGUUUGUUUUCGUCACGGGUCGCUGUGCACGCUGAGCCAAGUGGAGUUUGCGUCCUUCGAGCGUUUGAAGGACAAGCGGCCUUCGGUCCCUCGACUGAAAAUAGGCUGCGUCCUCGCUCUCUUCGGCUGUUUCGCGCCCAAAAUUUUACAGGGGUCCGGUCGAGUCGCUCCCUCCUGUUUAGUACCAAUUGAAUGAUCUGACUUUGUGCCAUUGACUAAGGUGCAUGCACAGUUCAAGCCUUUUAUUCAUUCUUUGGUGAGACUGCACCCAAAUUCCGAGCUUAUCUUGCGGAUGGUGCAGAUAAAUGGGCGCAUUAAAUCCAGUGGAAGAAACAGAUCGUCUUCAUGGAAAGAAAGUUGUCAGACUGGAACAUUCUGUCCUUCAUUCGAUUGUAACGAGGAGUUGGGUUCAACGUUCAUGGUUGUCUGAUCCUUGUUGUUGCUGGAAGACACGGAUAUGAGUCACAACAACAUUUCAUUCAGAGUGUGAACACAUUUUUGCGGAUAAGUGGAAAAGAGCAAUUCAUCGGUUUGUGGAGGACGCAUAACCACAAUAAUUUAUGACCAAGUAUUCGUCACACCAUUGUUUGUGUGUGUUUUCCGAUCACUGAGUGUUUUCACCAUCUUGUGCAUAUUAGUGCCAAAUCAUCAGGGUUUUUUUUUGGGGGGGGGGUGGUGGUUAGGUGCAUCAUAUGGAUGGAGAUGACAAAAGUGGCAAAAAAGAAAGAUAAAAUGUGUCUAUCCGUAUAUGAUUUGAGAUAAUAAAGAACAUUGUGUAAUUUCUUUGGAUUUAGUUCCAUGAA